AUUGUCCUCGAUGUGAAACCCGCCUAAGGUGUGAGCAAUAUCUCUGCUCUUUAAACUCUUCAAAAGUUCUUCCUUCUAAAUUCAAACAGGUACGAUGCUAUUCUUAACCAUUAUAACGAGAGUGGUGUACUGGUAUAUGGAUCAUAACAAUCCCGCCAAGCUUGCGAAACAGGAAAAAGAAUUACAGAAAGUCAAAAGCUGCGUGAAGACUGUGAAAUUUGCAGAGCCAGAAAAGAAACAGAUACUUAUUCAUACGGCUACAGAAAAUAAUGUUGAGCUGAUUAAAGAAAAACAAAAAGGCGAAAUGAAUUCGGAGAAGCUGAAGACUGAGUACAAAUGUACCGGAUGUACAGACGAGGACUCCACCAGGAGGCGCCAAUGGGAGAAGAAUGAAAUUGACUAUAUGGGACUUGAUUCGUUCGAUAAUAUCAUGGCCAAACUUGACCAAAGCAUGUCUAAAUAAUUCUUCCGACGUGUGAAAUAAGGUAUAACUCUCUAUAUGAUUAUGUGGGGCACCCCAUAUAUGAUGAAGAGUGUGCUAUACAUGAGGCGCGCCAGAGCCAUCUUUAUAUGUUCGGAGUUUUUGAGAAUCAGACUUCGUCGUCACAUAUUGUGACCAGAACGCAACCAUAAAACGAACUAAGCCAAGACGCUUUGAAAAGUAUUGCAAUCAUCCGGAACAUAAAUACAAUCCAAGAAAAUUGUAAACGGAAGAGUUUGAUAACAAUACUUACAAUCAGUCUUAUAUCGCAUAACCGGAAGUUAUCGGUACCCUCACCAACAGCAAUCAAAUUAACCAACAGCGAGACCAGAAAUAUGCAAUAUUCUAUCAACGGCAACCUACACAUUCGGUAAAAACACGACCGGAAGUUUUUGUUCAGACGACUGUCAAAUUCAACAAGAACUGGAAAAGAAGUGGUCCACACCUUGACAGUUAUCCAAUUCAACCUUAUAUCCUAAAACACCAAGCCGCAUACAUCAUGGUAUGACUUACCCUGCGUGGCUGUCAAAUUAAACAAGAAAAAGGUGACCGGAAGUGACUGAUAUCUCCCCAACAAUUAUGUUUAACAAUGACCCCCUUCAGACCUUGCAUAAGUAUCACAGUCAACAACGAUAACGCUACCUUACACGGGAAUAAACAGGAAGAAAAUAAAAUACCGAAAAACGAGAAAGUCAGACAUAUCCCCGGACGUGUACGGUUAUACCGCCAGCGCUGUCUGCUGGAAAGGAUUUCACAAAGCACUAUUUACUAUGUGUAUUAAUAAUAUAUAUAUUCCAAAUGAUAGUGAUGGUCAAUCACCCUGUCUUUCCCUUGUAAACAUGAUUUUGAUAUUUAUAUAUAUAUAUAUAUAUGUAUCUGAUCAUCUUGAUACAUAUAUUUAAUGAGACUCGUGCGGAGAGGGAGAUAUAACGUAUUUGAAACUUUUGUUGUGUCGUUGGCAAUAUGCCUAUUAAACUAAAUGAAUCCAUAGCCUGGACAUCAAUCAAGCGCUUUGCUGUGUUUUGGCAAUAUAAUAUUAUUUAGACUUUACUUAACCAACAAAAAACUGGUAAGAAAUUAAAUUCACCAUAUCAGAAAAGGUAUUUUUUGUCAGUGUAAGACAGUAUAACCACUCGUAAGAACGAUCUACUGUGUCACAUUGUUGUAAGCUGACCUGAUACACGGUAUACUUCAGUGCCGUGUGUAAGUCAGUAUAUUUACAUUUGCAUGGCAUUGUCACUAUA